AUGAUGCUUGUGGUAUCCUCAAAUGUACUAUCAACCAAGUUUUCAACAAUGAUGGGUGUUCAAUAUCCGUUUAUGAAUGCUCCAAUGGGUGGUACAGCUUACUGUGCCAUGGCAAAAGGUGUUAGCCAGGCUGGUGGCUUCGGGUUAAUUGGGUACGGUUAUGCUGUAAAUGAGACUGUUGUGAAAACUGAGCUGCAAACAUGUAACGCUGCCAAAGGCCCUGAUGGAAAAAAAUUAAGGUUUGGUGUCGGCUUUAUUACCUAUUACCUAGAUCAGGUUCCAAACUCAUUUAAUGAUGCUCUCGCUGCUAAACCAGUAGCAAUGUUUUUCUCAUUUGGAAACGCAUCUAAGUAUGCAGCAAGAGCACAUGCAAAUGGUAUCAAAGUCAUUUCACAAAUAGAAAGUGUAGACGGUGGGUACAUAACAUUUGCUGUUCGAAAUAAAACCGUUUAUCUGAUUGUAGCUGCUGUUGUGGCUGCUGAUUACAGUGAUGUCAUCGUGGCUCAAGGUCAAGAAGCUGGUGGACAUGGUGCCACUGGCAUUUCAACAUGGCCAUUAGUUGUGCAAGUGAUACAAAAGUUUAAGGAUUUAAAUAAAGAUAUUCCUAUCAUUGCAGCAGGCGGUCUGGGUGACGAGAAUGGUUUACUUCGAGCACUAUACCUAGUAUAUUUGAAUUCAACAAAAGUCGGCAGCGUUCUUUUCGCUCAUUUAUUAUUUUAG